AUGACGAACAACCUGGUGGGCGACGUCUACGCCAAGAUCAUCGAGGAGGUCGUCGCGGCGUCGAGUGCUGAUUUCGAGGAGAACGGGGUGGGCAGCACUACGCUCCAAGAACUGCAGCAGGAAUGGCAGGCAAAGUUGUCGGCGCGCGGUGUCGCUGCUAUGCCGUGGGACCCUAAGCCCCAGCCAGCAGCUCAACAGGCUCCCGUCUCAGCUUCUGUCCCUUCUGGAAACGUCAAUGGACUUCCCGUUUCGUCAUCCUACCCAUCCAACCCAUAUGCCGCAUCUGCAACUGCAAAUGAUGCAAAUGGGACGCGAAUCAAGGCGGAGCCUGGUGGUGAGCACCAAUAUCAUGGCUUGCCAAAUGGUAAUGGCUACCAGCAGAAUGGUGUUGCAGCACCUAUGAAUACUCAAGGUGGUUCAGCUCGUGCCCAGCAAUUGCUCCAGCAGCAAUUUGGCUCUGCUGCAAAUCCCUCUGUCAGUGCCAUGCAGCGGGGUGGCCUCGCACUUCCGGGUCAGCAGGCAAAGCCGCAAGGUCUUCAGCUACCGCCCGGCAGUCCCGCGCAGCAGCAAUUCCAGCAGCAGCAAGCCCAAGCUAUGCAACAGCAACAGCAACAGCAACAGCAGCGGCUGCAGCAACAACAAGCUCAACCACGCAUCAAAACCGACGGUGCCGACGAGGCCGACGAGGAUAUGCAUCAGUGGCGUGCCAUGUUGGCAGAACGCCGUGCUCUUCAUGCUCAGCAGGGCCAGCAGGCCGACAGAAUGAUGCGCGAUCAUGUCAUGCAACUGUCCGAGGACCUUUCAAGUGGUCUCAUGGUCCCACUUAACGAGCAUCCAUCGAAGAAGAACAGGAAACGACGAUCUGCACCUCGCAACACUGCUAUCUCAUCCUCUGCUACUCCUCCAUUCAUCCCACAGCUUGAUGGCGAUGCAGACGAGGAUGAUGAGAAGCCGGACAUCAAAGACGAAGACGACGAGAAUGCCAUUAACAGUGACCUCGACGACUCGGAUGACGAUGGUGCUGGGGCGAUGGGGGAUGAUGAGGAUGAGCUCGGAGACUCAAUUCUGUGUACCUAUGACAAGGUCCAGCGUGUCAAGAACAAGUGGAAGUGCACCCUCAAGGAUGGCGUCAUGAGCGUCAACGGCAAGGAGUGGGUAUUCCACAAGGGAAUGGGAGAAUUCGAAUGGUGA